CAAGAAAGAACUCGCCGUGUUCUCGAUCGUCAACAUCUGCAAGCAAUAAGUAGUCCCUAGGUACAAGUAGGCAUUGCUAUUUGUCAUAGUUUCUCCCUCUUGCAAGUAAAGGAUCUUAGGCUGUCCCAUUUGCGUCCAUUGGAUUGAAAACGCCGUCUUGCAGAAGAGAGAAUGGCCCUGACGAGGAUUGGAGGUCCAGCAACAGCAGCAAUGCCAUCGCUACCACAAGUUCGAGCAGUGUCCAAUGAAUUGUGCUCGUGGAAGUUUUUGGUGGGUAAGAGGGCAAUCAUUACGAGCAGCAAGAGCAGGCUACUAGAAGUUCGCCGUGGAGGAUUGCGUUCUUCUCGACGGCUCCGCUGUACUGGAGAGAAUUCUGAUCCUUCGACCCCAAGUAGCCAGAAUGGUGAAGCUCAACCAAGCCCUCCUCCAUCAAAACCUCCUCCAAGUCCUAGUCCCCCUCCAGUUCCAAGUAAGACUGGAAAUCGUAUCGUAGCUCUUGUUUCUGCUGCUGCUGCAGUGUGCUUAUUUUUGGCCAACAGAGGCGCUGGGGUCGGCCCAAACUUGAGCGAGCUCUCAGCAAAAGCGAUGCCAUACGAAGAGGCGAUUCACAAUGGCAAGCCUACUGUCGUCGAGUUCUACGCAGACUGGUGUGAGGUGUGCCGUGAGAUGGCUCGCGAUGUCUACUCGGUGGAAGAGAAGUACAGAGACCGCGUGAACUUUGUGAUGCUGAAUGUGGACAACAGUAAAUGGGAGGCAGAGCUAGACGAAUUUGGCGUGGAAGGCAUCCCACACUUUGCAUUCUUGGAUGGGAAGGGCAAUGAGGAAGGCAACAUAGUGGGCAGGCUACCAAAGAAGUAUUUUGCUGAAAAUGUGGAUGCACUUGCAAAGGGACAGGAGACGAUUCCACACUCCAAGGCUGUAGGCCAGUUCUCCAAUGCCGAGAUGCGUCAGUCUCCACGGAUGGCUUCACCUCGGACACAUGGAUGACAAGGCCCAAGGAAUGGCUAGUAUAUUUUAGUAUAUGUUUGUUACUCAUGCUCUGAUUGGUGCUUCAUCUUUGUGAACAUUGAUUAUUAGUUAUUUUUUUUGAGAACCUCAUGUAUAAAUUAAGUUCCUUGACUUA